AUGACCGGUGCCGCCUCCUGUGCUCCAGCAAUCCCCGUUGGCUCUACAAAGCCUAUAAUUCCGUUAACUGAGCCGUUUACCCGUCGAACGUGCAACGCUAUUCAAGAUGCACUUCGAUCAUCCUUCUCGCAGUCCGAGAACGCGGAUGACCGGUCAGAACCAACUGCGGCGGUUCUAAUUCCUCUUUGCAAUGUAAACGGGCAACCUGGACUCCUUCUCGAGGUUAGGGGAAAGCUGAGGACGCAUUCUGGGGAAGUAAGCUUUCCGGGAGGAAAGCUCGAUGAGACAGACUCCACGCCUCUAGCUGCUGCACUAAGAGAAACCCGAGAAGAAGUGGGUAUCCAUUCUAAUCAAAUUGAGAUUUUGGGUCGCCUUGCCCCCCCGGAGAAUUCUCUCAGUGGUAUGAGAGUAUGGCCUUAUGUUGGAUUCGUGUACCCCCCUGAGACCAGAUUUGACAAGGAAUCCGAUACCCAUAACUCAAAUGCACACAACGCAGCGCCGCUCCCCUCCUUACCACUUUCCUCGUUGACACUGUCGCGUCAAGAAGUCGCACAUGUGUUCCACCUCCCCCUUGCCGCCGCUGUAUCGCCGACGCGUCUGCAUUCCUACCUCUUCCGAGGGGCCCGGCCAUAUCAUGCUGUCAGCGUCGCAGAUUUGAUUGCAGGGCCGGGCGCGGUGCAUUCGGACCAGGGUCCAGGCGAUCAAGCGGAGGUUCGGUGGAUUGUCGACCCCGAACAAAGAGACGAGGUUGGUGGUGGUAGGGAGGGCCGGUUAGAGGUCUGGGGGCUAACAGGGUGGUAUCUCAACGUUUUCCUUCGAACCCUGGGGGUGUACGAAUGAAAGCGAUAGCCAACUACCGCCAACUCCAGUUGCCUCAGUGAAUUGACCGAAGAGGGAUAGCUCGGGCUCGGUGCCGUUCUUGUUCAUAUAUGUUUAGACAGUGUGGCCAAUAGACACGAC